GGCAACUGUUAGACAACAAGUCUUUACUGUAGCGAAGCAUUGUGAAAAAUAGUUCCGAUAAUGGCCUUUGAUACCGACGCACAGUUAUAUAGCGCCAUGACAAACAUCGUUAUCAAAAUAUAUAGGAAGUAAAUCAGGUGGUACUUUAAAACUUCCCCCACACUCUUAGCAAUAAAAACUGCAUUAGUUGCAUUAGGCUGUCUCACCAGAAUGCGAUGGUGCUUACCAAGAUGUCGGUUAUGCUGAUUGGAUUCCUGAUUGGCAUCUCGGCGGUAGCCGCAGAUCCCAUGCCUGUGGCAAAUCCUCAACCGAACGCGAUGGCAACGCCUUUCUCACAGCAAAAUCAAAUGCAAAACACUCAGUCUGGACCAAUGGCUAAGCCCAAUCCCCAACCAAAUCCAAUGCCUAACGCAAAUCCACAACCUAAGGCAAUGGCAUUUGCACAACCUUCAGCAAAACAAACUCAACAAGGACCAAUGCCUACAUCUCAACAAGGACCUAAUCCAAGUCCUCAGCCAGGGCAGAGUGGUUCCUCAUCUGGACCAAUGCCAGGACCUCAACAAGGAUCAAUGUCAGGACCUCAGCCAGGGCCAAAGCCAAAUCCUCAACAAGGGCCACUACCAAAUCCACAACCGGGAUCUAAUUUUGGCCAAUCUUCUGGACCAAAGGCGGGACCUCAACAAGGAUCAAUGUCAGGGCCUCAACAAGGACCAAAGCCAAGUCCCCAACAGGGGCCUAAGUCAAAUCCUCAACAAGGGCCAAUGCCAAGCCCCCAACCAAAUUCUAACUUUGGUCAGGCAUCUGGACCAAAGGCAGGACCUCAACAGGGACCAAAGUCGGGUCCUCAACAGGGACCGAAGUCGGGUCCUCAACAGGGACCAAAGCCUAGUCCUCAACAAGGUCCAAUGCCAAGUCCUCAACCAAAUUCUAAUUUCGGUCAAAACUCUGGACCAAAGGCAGGACCACAACAAGGGUCUAUGUCAGGGCCUCAGCAAGGACCGAUGCCAAAUCCUCAACAAGGACCUACAUCUGCAUCUCAACAGGGAACAAAUUUUGGACCGAAGCAAGGUCCUACCCCUAAUCCUCAACAAGGACCAAUGCCUAAUGCUCAACCUGGACCCAUUUUUACACCCAAUCAAGGACCCAAGCAGGGACCCCAACAGGGGCCAAUGCCAAAUCCUCAGCCAAGUCCUAGUUUUGGACCAAAUCAACUCCAACAAGGACCAAGUCCUCAACAAGGGCCAAAGUCGAGUCCUCAACAAGGACCACUGCCAAGUUCACAACCAGGGCCUAAUUUCAAUCAAAAUCAAGGACCAAAUCCCCAACCAACAGUGAACUUUGGGUCUAAUUCAGGACCCAUGCCAGGGCCUAACUUUGGAUUGAAUCAAGGACCAAUGCCAACUCCUCAACCAGGACCUAAUUUUGCACCAAAUCAAGGUCCUAUGUCAGGUCCUCAACCGGGACCAAAUUUCCCUUCACUAGGUAACCAAGGACCGGCUCCUACUCCAGUUCAUAACCACGUACAUGGCCCAUUGCCCAAUCCUCUUCCUACUUCCAGCUUUGGACCUAGUUUUGGUCCUGAUGCCAAUCCAUCUUACAAUCCAGGACCAUCAUUUGGGCCCUCUCCAAGUCCUCAACCAGGACCUUCAUUUAACCAGCCCUCAGGACCUUCUCCAGGCCCUAAUUUUGGUUUUCCAUCAGGUCCAUGGGCUAAUCCCUCACCUACACCAGCUGCUACUCCUCAGCCAGAACCAAACUAUGGACCAAUGCCUGCCCCUUGGCCAGUUCAUCAACAUACUUACGCUGGACCAAACUUUGGUACUCAAUCUGGACCAUGGCCAGAACCACUUCCAUAUCCUGAACCGGGACCUGUUUUCAAUUCUCAGUCUGGUUUUAAUGCAGGGCCAAUGCCAGGACCAAUGUCUUUACCUAACUUUGGCCCUCAACCAGGGCAAAUGUUUGACUCGCAGUCCUUUGGUCCAAUGCCAGGUCCUCAACCUAUCUACGGCCCUCAACCAGGACAAAUAUUUGACUCGCAAUCAUUUGGUCCAAUGCCAGGUCCCCAACCUUACUUCGGCCCUCAACCAGGACAAAUGUUUGACUCGCAGCCGUCUGGCCCAAUGCCAGGUCCUCAACCUAACUUUGGGCCUCAACCGGGACAAAUGUUUGACUUCCAACCCUCUGGUCCAAUGCCAAGUCCACAACCAGUACCAAACUUCGGAUCAACUCAAGGACAAUGGUCUGGUCCUCAACCAAGUGGACCAAGUGCCAGUCAGCCUAACUAUGGUUCCUCUUCUGGACCUUGGCAAGGUCCUCAACCUAACCCAAACUUUAACGGUUACAAUUCACAGUCAGGACCAGGGUCUUGGCCAUUAGCUAUGAACUAACUGUUUCUCUCAACAAGCCGUGAUGUUAGGCUCGAAUAGUUUUAGGAUCUGAAUGUUAUAUGUCAGGUUAGAAGAAGAAGCUCACUAAUAUGUUAUUGUGAACAUAAUACUUAUCAUAGCAACAUUAGCAUUCAGCAUUAGCAUUAGAUAUUCAUUUAGAUAAUACCACAGGUUUAGAAAGUAUCUGAUGCUAACCGUUUUUUAUAGCAUAUAGCAUAUAGUUUAUAUUUUGAAUUUAUAAUAAAUAUAUAAAAAUGAA